UGGCGUGCCUGUUUUGUGGCUGCAUAUGAGAAGUACAAUUCUGAACCGGGUGGCUAUCCAUGACGCAUGAACUCUUCUCGGGCUUCCAGCCGGGUACAGGUCUCAAUUUCAAAAUGACGUUCCCACGACAAUAAACGCUGCUCCGCAUUCACAGGGAAACCUGUAAACGCCAGCCACCCCGAGUCCCGGGUCAUCUUUGACCCACGUACCCUGGGAUUUGAGCCCUGUGAACGCGGAGCAGCCUGUUUUGUACACCGGGACCCCACAUCUAGCAGCAUGAGGAGGUGAACCCGUUCGGGUUACCCGGAGAUAACGGUGCUAGCAGAACAUUGCGUACACAACGAGCACAGAAUUGACUUCGACGGCACAAAACUGGCUUUUGGGAUCUCCUGGUGAAGGAAGCCAUUGAAAUAAAACGAGCGACUCAGAAUUUUUAACAAAGGCGAAGGUCUCGCUCUAAGAACUGGAAUCUGACUUUAACAAUAAGGGACGGUGGAAACAUGAUUGGUUGAGGACUAACCAAUAAGAAGGGACGGACGACGGGAGUUAAGUAUAUAUACCACCGGACUAGACGUGCCGAGGCAUCAGCGCACAUGAACGUGGCGGAGUUUGUCACGGGAACAUCGGUUAAAGUUGACAGCGGUUCCCAGAUGGAAGCCCGAAAAGAGUUUAUUCGUCAUGUAUGUCAGGAAAGCACUAGAUCCUUUGUUGUGAACGACAUAUCAUAUCGAGUCACAGCGUGUACUUUCUCAGCUCUUCCCAGAUUAGCUGUGAUCUCCACAGUCAUUUCCCACCAGACCCAACUCUGCGCUGGAAUCCAGCAUCCCAGGAGUGAGCAGCACGCCCAUUUCACUUCACGCGUGCUGAAGUGUCGGGCAUGCUCUCUAUAUGGCCUCACUUCCAAACACCUCAACAGCCAACAAAUUAAAUUCUUCUUUAGGAACAUCGUGACCUGAUGGAAAAUAUUCGUUGAGAGCUUGCUCCGUAAUGUCUUUGGGACCAGGACGUGUACUGUGUUGAUACUGAGGCAUUAAGCCAGUUCAGGUGCCUGCUCAGGGGCUGGUCUGAUGUCAGUCUGUAAAGAUUAGCUGCUACCUUUGACCACAGAAAGUAAUUGUGGAACAAAAUGGAAGUCCAAUGGAAGUCUUACAGGUACCUCCGAGUGUGAUCUUUAUUUCUGCUGCUCCUGUAUAAACUGAUUUUCUUUAAAUGAUUUCUUGAAGAUAAUUUAUUAUCUAAAAUAAGUAGCUUUAUAACUUCAGUUGUUAAAAAUUAAAAAAAAAACAAAGUCAACAAACCAUAAAAAGGUCCUUUACUAUUUGUAAUGAGUUAGGAGGUAGCAUAAAUAAUGGUCAAAUAUCUGAGAUGUUAUCUGUUUUUCUUUCUCCAUAAAAUGACCUCUGACUUGUCCUACUGAGUUUUUCCAGCAUUUUCUGUUUAUUUAAGGCUGUCAUGGUCCGGUCCGUAAACUCCGCAUUCCGGUUCACGGUCAGGUCCGUGGACUCCAGACUCCGGGUCUUCUGGCUGUCCCUUGCUUCAUUUGAGCUUGAUUGUAGGCACCUGAUUCUCGUCUUCUGGGGCCGGGAAUAUAAGUGGCCCUGGGUUCGAUUGUAGGUGCUGGUUUGUCUUGUCAUUAUCCAGUCCUUGCCUCUGUGGGGUAAGUCAGGCUGGCUUUGCUUUUACCCUGCGGUUGGAUAUGUCCCUCCCUGUCCUUGCCUCUUUUGGGUAAGCCAGGCUAUAUUUGCCAUUACCCUGAGCUGGACUGUUCCCUUCCUUUCCCUUCCCUUCCCCUUCUUUCUGCAACCCAUGCCUGAAGCCUUGCCCGCAACCUUGCCUGUAUUGCUGUCAGGUUCAGCCGCCAGAGUGAGACCAGAGCCUUGCCAUGCCAACAGAAGGAACUAUCUAUCGUUGAGCUUGGAACUGUCUCUUUGUGGCCCUGUGUUUAGUGUCCGUGUAUGAGUCCUGGCCCUACAUCCUGUUCCCAAGGAGGGGUCCCGGCUCUGUGUUCUGUUGUUCCCGUGCUCAUGUCCAAGGCUCCAAGGAGGUUCCAGUCCGUCUCCAAGUCCAAGCUGUAGCCCAGGCCCUGAGUCCUAGUCUUGUCCAGGACCAGUGUCCAUAUUCCAGCUAUGCCUCUCCUCACUUCUGCUUUACUCAUCCUUGACCUAGGCUCUGCAUUACUGCUCUCCCUCGACCAAGACUAAGUCUGAGCUCCAUGUCCUCAUCCAGCCCUGUAGUCCCAUGUCCUGCCCACCACGUUAGUCCUCACCUGGGUCCGGAGUCAAGACCCAGGUUCUGGGUCCCUGUCCAGCCUCUGACUUGGAGUUCUUGUCCAGGUUCCUAGUUCCUCAUACAAGUCCCACUGUCCUUGUCUAGUCUUGACCAGGCCCUGUAUCCUAGUCUUAUCCAGGACCUGUAUCCUAGUCUUGUUCAGCAUUGUUUCUCCCCCACUUCCCUUGCUUUCUGACGCACCAGGUCCCUCCUCAGUGUCUGUGUCUUGCAUUUGGCUCUGCUCUCAAUGUCCACCUUAUGACAAAGUCAUGAUAAUCAACCCAUUCUUCAGCCAGCAAUCUGUUGCAAUAGUUUUUUAAGAGGCAAUGCCUUUUUUUAAAACUGGUUGGCAUCCAUCUGUCUCGAAGGACACAGCCUGGGCAGAAGAUAUGAGAUGCCCAGUUGUCAAGAUCCCCCGCUCGGCCUCACCAGUAUAGUCCAAAGGAAAGCUUAUGAAGCACCAGCUUGGCUGCAGGAGCUGCCGGAAGGAUGUUAAAUGACAUCCAGCUGCCAGAGGGUCUCUACUCUGGAUUUGCUGUCUGGGUUUACUCCCAUAGCCUUUGUUUCUCUCGAGGUUGCCACAAGGCAGUGGGACUAUCUACCGAUAGCUGGGGAUCUGGUUCACAAGCACCUGGACAUGUCCACACACUGGUGGGCCUGCGUGCUACGUGUGGAGGGGCCAGACCUCCCUGCCGUCCUCUUCAGUUCAGCCUGAAUCCAAAAGGAGUUCAGUUUCUGUGUGUUACCAGUGAGGAGGAACAACGUGAGGCUUGCCGUUGCAGUCUUGCAGGGAGAGACUUAUACAUUCAGCUCUACUUUUCACAAGACUGCCAGCCUGUGAGAGUGACAUACACUACCCUCUACACUACCAUACUAGAUGCAUCACAACAAACAUUUUGUCACCAUACAAACAUAUAACAUAGGAUCUGGUCAUACGCAGCUUGUUGUGUAUUUAACUUUUAAGGAAUACUGGAGUAAUAUUGUAAAUAUAUUGUUUGAUUAAGCAUUCGCUGUUUGUUCACAUGAUUCAUUAUGGGUUAUUCUUAAGAGGUACAUGAAUUGCAUUCAUCAUUACACCACUACAUCAUAAAUAUGCACCUCACUAAAAGUUAGAAUGAAGUGUAGACCCAUAUUUCUGGCUCUGUGUUUUUCUUUCGAUUAGAUUUAUGUUUUGGAGUUACAAGACAUUAUGGUGGUGAUGAGUAAGAUUUAAAACAAACCUAAGACAACAACCUACCUGAUGAACUACGGUGAGAAAUUCCAUCUUAAAAAAAAGCACAGCAUACGGUUUCUUCGGCAAAAGAGGGAGACAAUCAAGUUAAUGAAAAAGAAAGCAGAUGAAAUUCACAGGUUCAUAAACUGAAUGAUAAUUAUAAUGAAUUUAAAUUUGAAAAAAAGCAGAAAUGGCUAGCUACAUCAGAAAGAUCAAUACAUUUCAACUGCACAACACUCAACUUGAAUAUAUAUACUGAAUGAAUUGAACAGUAUUUUGAAGCAACCAAAAUAGCCAAUACAAAACGAGUGACAGUGUUACUGAGUGUAAUUGGUAGAAGAGCAUACAGUUUGCUUAGAAGUUUAAUUGCUCCAACCAAACCAGCCAAAAUGAGCUUUGCUGAUAUCAUGAAAGUAAUGCAGAAGCAUUUAGAAUCAAAACCAUAGUUGAUUGUAAAUGCUUUAGGUUAAUUUGCGGAAUCAAAAGGAAGGGAUGUCCAUUUCAGUUUAUCUGGCAGAAUUGAAGAGUUUGCUGAGCAUUGUCAAUUCAGUGAUGGGUUUAAUGACACACUGAGGGUUCAUUUAAUUUGUAGAAUGUUACGAGAAAGCAUUCACAAAUGGUUCUUAACUGAAGCUCAAAUCAGAUUUAAAAGAGUAGUUGAAAUCGCCGUAUCAAUGGAAACUGCAGGCAGAGAAUGAAUCAAAUUGUAGUCAGGAGUAAAUGUGAGUGUGAACUGUUACAAAUGUGCCACAACUCUGAGGGGCCGAAGGGUACAAAGUUGCCCCCUCCUUGUUGAGAAUCGCAAGAUCGCUGUUAAUUUGGGUCUGGGACCCAGGAAAUGAGAGAGAAUCCUCAAGGUUUGGAAUGUGUCCUGGCCUCAGCAAGACAAAGCCACGGAUAAUGGCCAUUGUCUCUUGGAGACGGAAUUGUGUAUUGAGUACUGUACUAUUCAUUGACACCCUCGGGAUGACCAGAGUGGGUUGGUUGAGGGAUUGCAUCAUCCCAACCUGAUUGACAUCUGAGACCCCAUGAGUAAGGUUAAAAGAGGGUCUGGGGAACAACCCCUUUAGACGCAUCAGGAGAAACGCUAGAAAUCCCGUGACAGCGUUUAAUAGCGACAGCCGGUGGGGGGCUCGCGUGCGUCCUUUUCCCUUGCCUGGGAAUUGGCGGGCUCCCCACAGAAGAAUGGUUUUAGCUAAAGGAGAGGCCAUAAGUGACCGGCCACAACAACGGAACUCUCAAAGGAUCGAAAUCAUAAAAGGAAAAGCCGGCAAGUUUCUAAAAAUCUCUCUCUUGACUCCAACCAAAGGCUGCAGCCUGAAUGAAAUGAGUGACUUUUAUAUUUCCAUCGGACAAUAUAUUAUCCCCUAAGACAACGAUAGAGCUAUUUCUUAUUGAUUAUUAUUAUACCAGCACUUUUAGAUUUAGUAUUGACGACGUAUGUUAUCUGUAUGUUUGCAUUGAUAUUAUUUUUGUGUAUUUUUACUAAUAAAUACUGGUAAAAAUAGUACCAUCAGGCUUCAACGGACCUCUCUAUCUUUGCUGGUAAGUGACCUAGUUACGGGGUUCGUAACAAAGUGGGGGCUUGUCCGGGAUUUGAUACUAGAUUGGAAGGCCAGUGAAUCGGGCUUUUAAGUGCAACUUGGAUCUGGUUGCACGGGUAGCCAGACGGGAAACCAGCAAAGAUGGAUGUGGAUGAAUUUAUAGAAAACCCGACCAAAAAGGCGGCCACAAAGUCAGAAUUGAUAAAUAUUGCGAAAGGACUAAACCUCGCAGAGGUGAGGUUGUCGAUGAAAAAUCAGGAGGUGUGGAGGGCCAUAACUCAGUAUUAUAUUGUGAAGAAUGUGUUUUCUGCUGAGGUAUUGGAAAAUAUCCCUGAAAAGGCACCAGCUAGUGGGACAGCUCAGUUAGAGUUGGAGAAGUUAAGGUUGGAACAUGAAAUUAAGUUAAAACAGCUGGAAGCAGCUGAAAAAGAGCAGGAAAGAGCUAUGAAACAAAGGGAGCAGGAAAUUCAGUUAAAGCAGCUGGAAGCAGAUGAAAAAGAGAAAGAAAGGGCCGAAAAGGAGAAGGAGAGGGCAGAGAAAGAGAGGGAAAGAACUGAGAACCAAAGGGAGGCGGAGAAACAGAGGCAACAUGACUUGGACAUGGAGAAGUUAAGGCAAGAGUGAAGAGUUCAAGGGUCAGACUGAGAGGAGCAGUUUAAUGUUAGUCGGUAGGUUAGGAUAUUACCUCCGUUCGAGGAGACGGAUGUUGAUAGUUAUUUCUUGCAUUUUGAAAAGGUGGCAGUGAGUCAGAAGUGGCCCAAAGAGUAGUGGGUGGCGCUGUUACAAAGUGUGUUAAAAGGGAAGGCACAACGGGCAUUUGCGGCGUUGUCCAUGGAGGAGGAGUCGGAGAAUUAUGAGAAAGUAAAGGAGGCCAUUCUUCGGACCUAUGAAUUGGUACCUGAAGCCUAUAGACAAAAGUUCAGAAAUUUAAAGAAAGGGUGGAAUCAGACGUAUACCGAGUUUGCCUAUGAGAAGUGUGUGCUCUUGGAUCAUUGGUGUGCAGCAGAAAUAGUGGAAGAAGAUUUUUGGCAUCUCAGGGAGUUAAUUCUGACUGAGGAAUUUAAAGGUUGUGUUUUGGAUGAUAUCCAGAUGUAUUUGAAUGAGAAGCCGAAUAAUUCCAUCUCCGAAUAUGCUAGGUUCGCAGAUGAGUAUGCCCUAACCCACAAGACAAAGUUUUCCUCGAAUAAAAGUUCCCAGAGAGACCGUGGGAAUGGUAGAGAAAGCCCACCAGCUGAGGCAGAGAUCCCACCGGGAGCUAGUGGUAAAAUUGAGGAGGAGAGGCAAGAUGGCAGGAGAGGUCCUGGCUUGACCUGUUUUAAUUGUGGAAAGGUGGGUCUUAUUGCAUCUAAGUGCCUUGCUCCGAGGAAGGAGACAGGAAAAUGGAGAGCAACGGUCCCUAUAGGAUGUGCUGUGGUGAUCAGUAAAUCGACGACAGAGCCCCAGGUAGACAGUUUAUGCGAAGGGUCUGAGAAAUGUAUUUCAGCAGGAACCGUGUUUGUGAGAGAGGGAGACCCACCAAUUCCAGUGUGGAUCUGGAGAGACAUGGGAGCUGAGCUGUCAUUGAUUAGCAGUAAGGUACUGGAUUUUGGUCGCAAGGCUGCAGAGGUAGCUUUGAGAGGCAUAGGAAAAGGGACAGAAGUGGUGCCCUUGCACAGGAUCAUUAUAAAUUGUGAGCUGGUAUCUGGACCAGUUGAAAUAGGGGUGCGAUCAGAAUUCCCGAGAACUGACGUGGAUGUCCUUCUUGGUAACGAUUUAGCCAGUGGUAAGGUUUGGUCAGCAAUGAAGCUGCCAAGCCCGCCUGUAAGUGUUGAGGUCCCGCCCCUAGGUUCCAAGAUCUAUCCUGCAUGCGCGAUCACUCGCAGCAUGUCGAGAAAGGCAGCUGAGAAUGAGACCAGUUUAAAUCUGACCAGUAUCGAUUUGGCCGAGACGUUUUUACCAACCCUGUACCAAGAGGGUUUAGAGGGUGGUAAAACGGAGAAUAGGAAAGGGAAAGAGAGUAAGGGAGAGGAGGUAGUCCUGCCCUUAGCCAGGAGGAAAUUUAUAGAGGCACAAAAUAAAGAUGAGAAACAGAUAAGGCUAUUAAAAAGUCCAGGGUUGGACAUGGAUGAUCUGUCUGGUUUGGCAGAACUGUUUGAAGAAGUUGAAAAUUCUAAGGGUGUUUCCGAUAAUGAAAUGAGGGCAGUCCUAGAUGAAAAGGAUGCGAUUACCUUGAAGCAGUCUGCUGGGUUGGCAGAUGAGGUUGUUUCAGCCCGCGGGGUUGAGUUUACUCCGGAAGGGAGUUGUCCAGAGAGUAACUGGGAGGAUCAGGGGAAUUUAGAAUUUGAAAAGGGUACGGGUAUUGAAAGCCUGGAAAAGGCAAAUGUCCCUUUUGAGUGUGUCCAAGAUGUAGAUGCAUGUGGUACUGAACCUAGUAAUGGAGCUCAGAAUAAGUCUGAGGUAUUUGAUUCAGUCGAAAAGGAAUGUAGUCCUUGUGGAUCAGAUGGACUUGGUUCAGUGAAGAAAGGGUUAACCUUGGUAAUAGUGGGAAGUGAGAAUUCCCAGUUGUUUGUGCUCGAAGGUGUGUUAAAAGUUAGUGAGGAGAUAAAAGGUGGUGAGGUGAAUAUUAUUAUUGAAGGAAAAGGGAAAAGUGUAGUUCCUAGAUUGAAUGAAGACAAUUUAAAGUCUGGAUUGAUGUCAGAAGCAGCCACCAGGCUACAGAGACAAUGGCUUGGUAACGCGGUGCCUGCGAAUCAAUUACAGGUUGAGUUGGAAUUAAAGGUGCUCCACACGCUAUUGUUAUUCAAGAGUGGCUGUGAAAAGGCAGAAUUUGAAAUGCUGUUUGAACAAAGAGUUUAAACUGAAAACUAAUAGCCUGAAGGGUCCUGAAGAGAAAACUAGCAACUUGCUUAAAAUAAAAGAAUUGUGUGGAAAUUCGGAAAAUGGUCUAAGUUUGGAACACGUUGUUGAUAAAAUAACCCCUAUGAAAGGAGCAGGCGAAGGCCUAUUCCACACUGGUGCACAAGCUCACCACGUGGGAGUUAACUGGAAACGGGGCGAGGGUUGACGGGAUGCCAUUUUAACUAACAGGAUCCGGUUUUAAGGAAUUUCGACAAAACAUGUGAAUAAUAAAGACAACCCCAUGGAAUAUUAACUGUUAAGUUUGAAAGUAACAUAAAGAUUAGUAUUUGCAUGAACUUUUGUAGUAUACACAUAAGCUAAGAUCACAGCUCUUUAGUUUUUGUUUGCUGAAGAAAAGGAAUAAAAAUAGGUGGUUAUUAAAUUGGAGUCUGAUGCUGCAAGACUUUAUUAAGGUACAAGAUGUUAAGAUAUUAAAGGAAGUGACAAUGUAAUUGUUAACUGUUUAGAUGCUAAAUGGAAUGUAUAAAUGUAUUACUCUGUAGUGAAAACAAAAACUCUUUUUGUAUUGUGUUAGGUUCU